AAAGCCAAGCCGAGAAAGACCAGGUCAAGGCUCAGCCCGGUAAAGCGCACAUCUCCAACAGCGCAUGAGUCCCUGCGAGUCCUCACGUGGAGCGAUGUCUGUCCUCCCGGAGACCAGAUUGUCAAGAUUGCCGAGGCCUCAUCCGCAGAGGUAUACCGCGUCACCAACAAGCGAGGCACGAGCAUCAUCAAGGCCAUUCGACUCCCCUCGCCAAUCAAAGCGCUGACCAAGACGCAAGUGGCCGCGGGUCUUGUCGACGAGGAGCCACAUUCAGAGAGCGACGUCAACAACGAGCUGCAAAUCUCCGAGUGGCUGUCUGAUAUUCCCGGGUUUGCCGUGUACAAGGAGCGGUAUAUUGUCCAGGGCAAGACGACGCCGGAGCUUCUCGAAACGCAUCAGACGGUCCAGAAGAAGAUGAAGAGGGAAGACCCCGGAAGAGCGCAGUAUUAUCCAUCACCGAGUCGGUAUCUGGAUGAUACCAAGUUCUUAGUGGUGGAGCUAGGAGACGCGGGAAAGUCUCUGGAGAACUGGGAGCUGGACAGCGCAGACCAGUUAUGGGAUAUAUUUCUAUUGGAGACGAUAGCGUUGGCGAGGGCUGAAGAGGUUGCCAUGUUUGAGCAUCGAGACUUGCACGAGGGCAAUCUCUGCAUCAAACAAGCACGUCCUCCCAGGAAGAGGCCUCCUACAGCAGACGGCUUCUUUGGAUACUCGGGCCUGGAAAUCACAAUUUUGGACUACGGCCUUUCGCGAGCCGAGGACUUGUCCAACGAUGAUGCCGCGCCCAUUGUGUACGACCUAGAGAGAGACCUCAGCCUCUUCACCAGCACCUACAAUCCGCAGUGCAAAGUAUACCGGCAGAUGCGAUCCUUUCUGCUUCGGGCUGACAGAGACUGGCUCCCACCAGAAGCCCACCACGUUCCAUACGCCAAGGGCAUCGACGGGCCGCUUUCUUGGGAUGUGUAUGCGCCUUACACAAACGUGCUCUGGCUGGCUUACACCUACGAGUACCUGGUGGAGAAUUUCCAGGGGACCAAGAGGGAGCUUGCAAAGUUCACCAAGGAGACGGCAGAGCUGUGGAGGUAUCUGAACCCAGACGCUCCCAAGAAUGUGCCUUCCUUUGGAUGCGCGGCCGACGUGGCCUGCUUUGCGUUGGAGGCUGGCUGGAUACGGCAAGACGAGCUUUUGGAGGCAUCGACUUCGGUGAUAGACCACGAGGAGAGCAUCAUUGUUGCGAAGCAGGAUGUUGAGGCGUCGCCGCGGAGGACACGAAGACAGCGCGGGGCUGCAUCAUGA